GACUUUGGUGGUUACGGUUGGUGUCAUGGCGGAAAACCGUUGAAAAAACAAAUUUGAAAUGAGUUCUUUGACUGGUGAUUUCUCGAUGUUAACACAGCCCCGACCCGAAAAUAAUUCAACGGAGCCACGAUUUGCCUUUAGUACAAUCAAACGGCGACAAUGCCAGCGCCGCAAGUUCCUCAAAAUCAAGCCGCUUCGCCUCGACGAAAUCCAGAAGGAAAUCGAGGAAGCGGAGCACAGCCAAGAACGCGCCAAUUCCUAUUACCCCACUACGGAAACCCGGCAGUCCCCGACCCCCCUGCAGGACAGUUUCGACCUCAACUUCCCCCCGCUUUUGACGCCGUCCAAAGAGCCCCCUUGCGAGAAGUUCGUGACCCCAUGUCCUGUCGCCAAACCCAACUUCAUUUACACCACCCCUAAGAAUAAAAUCCCGCCGAAGGUGCAAUGCAGCGUGAGGCUGCAGACCCCACGUGAUUGUGAUGUCGACACCGUGCAAAUACCACCAGAGAUCUCAUUUGGGAAAAUUCAAGUCAACGAUGUUGCCUACACUGUUUUGAACGAGCUGGGAAAAGGGGGAAGUUCACAGGUUUUUCACUGUUUUAACCCCCAGACGAAGAGUCACAGAGCGAUCAAAGUGGUCUCGCUUGAGAAUAAAGACUCGGCCAAGGGGUUUAUUAACGAGGUGAAAAUGUUGGAGAAGUUACAAAAGUGCAAUCGCAUCAUUAAAAUGUUUGAUUAUGAAAUUAAGGAGGAGGAAAAAACUUUGUUGGUCGUACUGGAGGUUGGUGGUACUGACUUAUCGAAAAUUUUGAAAGAAUCCGCCCUCAACACCGCUCAUAUGCCCCUCUACAUGCUGCUUUACUAUUGGAUGGAAAUGUUGUACGCCGUUAAGCAAAUUCAUUCAAAUGGAAUCGUUCAUUCGGACUUAAAACCGGCGAAUUUCCUCGAAGUCGGGGGUUAUUUAAAACUCAUCGACUUCGGAAUCUCCAGUUGUAUUCAAAAUGAUAUGACCAGUGUUUUCAAGGGGGUCCCCGAGGGCUCCUUCAAUUACAUAAGCCCCGAAGCUUUAAGUGGUGAGACUAGUUCGAACGUGAACAGCCCCACGUUUGGAAAACCAAAGUACAAAAUUAGUUAUAAGUCUGACGUGUGGUCGCUGGGGUGUAUUUUAUACCAACUGGUCUACCGACGCACCCCCUUCCAACACAUCACGCAAAUCUGGGUGAAACUCUCCACGAUCGUGAACCCCGACCACAGAAUCGAGUUCCCCGAGGCCGAUUGGGUCCCCCAGAAACUAAUUAAUACGAUAAAAAAGUGCCUGCAACGAAGUGUCAAAUCCAGACCCUCAAUCGACGAACUGAUCACCGAAUACGAAAACAUGUUCCAUAGUUUAGUGUAAAUAAACCCCUUUAUACAAUAUUAUAUUAUAUUAAAAAAUUUA